AUGAGAAUUCUUAAAAGUCAUCCUUUAUUAAGAUUAGUAAAUUCUUACUUAAUCGACGCACCAACACCAGCCAAUAUAAGUUAUUUAUGAAACUUUGGUUCAUUAUUAGCAAUAUGUUUAAUAAUACAAAUUGUAACAGGAGUUACAUUAGCUAUGCAUUAUACACCUAGUGUAGCUGAAGCAUUUAAUUCUGUUGAACACAUUAUGAGAGAUGUAAACAAUGGUUGAUUAAUACGUUAUUUACACGCUAACACAGCUUCAGCUUUCUUCUUUUUAGUAUACCUACACAUAGGUAGAGGUUUAUACUAUGGAUCAUAUAAAUCACCAAGAACAUUAACAUGAAUUAUUGGUACAGUAAUCCUUAUAAUAAUGAUGGCUACAGCUUUCUUAGGUUACGUACUUCCUUAUGGUCAAAUGAGUUUAUGAGGAGCAACUGUUAUUACUAAUUUAAUGAGUGCUAUACCUUGAAUAGGUCAAGAUAUAGUUGAAUUUAUAUGAGGUGGUUUUUCAGUUAAUAAUGCUACAUUAAACAGAUUUUUUGCAUUACACUUCUUAUUACCUUUCGUAUUAGCUGCAUUAGUAUUAAUGCACUUAAUAGCUUACCACGAUGUAGUAGGAUCAGGUAAUCCUUUAGGUAUAUCAGCUAAUUAUGAUAGAUUACCUUUCGCUCCUUACUUCUUAUUUAAAGAUUUAGUUACUAUAUUCUUAUUCUUUAUAGUAUUAUCUAUAUUUGUUUUCUUUAUGCCUAAUGCAUUAGGAGAUAGUGAAAAUUAUGUUGUGGCUAAUCCUAUGCAAACUCCACCUGCUAUUGUACCAGAAUGAUAUUUAUUACCUUUCUAUGCUAUAUUAAGAUCUAUACCUAAUAAAUUAUUAGGUGUUAUAGCUAUGUUUGCUGCUAUUUUAGCUUUAUUAGCUAUGCCAUUAACAGAUUUAUCUAAAUUAAGAGGAGUACAAUUUAGACCUUUAAGUAAAAUUGCAUUCUUUAUAUUUGUAGCUAAUUUCUUAAUAUUAAUGCAAAUAGGUGCUAAACACGUUGAAACACCAUUUAUUGAAGUAGGACAAAUAUCUACUGUAUUAUACUUUGCACACUUCUUUAUUAUAGUACCUGUAGUAAGUAUUAUAGAAAAUAGUUUAGUAGAGUUAGCUACUAAAAAAUAA